AGCACUGGUCAUGCUGGUCACAGAAUUCUCAUCUAAAUAAAGUGUGGUUUAGAACACGAGGGCAGUGGUGUGGACAGAAAAUGCGUGUACUACUGCUUCUAGCCACGGUGUUGGCUGGGGUCACCGCCCAGGCUCCCUGCUGCUUCCCCGCCCAAUGGGAAGCCUUCGCUGGAAUACUAGAAGGAUAUUAUCUGCCAUCCACCGACACCCCGGGAGAAGUUGAGGGAUACGACUGGGUGUCUUACGAUUAUGUCAACAAAAGGCUGAUGAGUAACCUGUCUCUGGUGACGGAUAAUGACACUCCCAUCCGAGGAGUAGUUAUUAUAGAUUUCAAAAAAGGAAGGCGUUACGAUAUAUUCGGCAAUAACUGCACGUCCAAAAUUUACAAGGGUGACAUUCCCAAAAACUGUGUUCCAGAUAAUGCCAAUUCCACCGGACCGUCCUAUUUCGGAGCUGGUAACAACAAACUAGUGUUUAACAGCUUCCAGUUUUUAUACAAUAACUUACCUGUGUUUAUGACGUUCACUCAACGUGACUGUAUUCCUGUCAGUGAAACCGUGAUUGGUGGUAUUGCUCCCGGAAUUAAAGGCUUUGUGGGCAUCACCUAUACUGGGUUAACUGUUGGAAUAAAGGACCCCAGGGUUUUCGAGCCCCCGAAAGACUGCUAUCACUCUAACGAAGAAGCUCAACCAGGCGGCUCUCUGGGCUCAGUCAUCGGAAGGAAGAAGAGGGGUUUGGACUAAGCAUGCGUACUGAAGUUUCUUUCUUUGGUGGGCGAUAAAACUAGUUGUGUGUUACAGCCUGUUAAUAAAGUUAUGAAA